AUGGCCACAGCUGACACCACCUUGCCUUCCAUCAGUACGCUGACUGCCCUCGGCCCCUUUCCAGACACACAGGAAGACCUCCUCAAGUGGUGGCGCUUUGAGGACGUGCAGGACUUGGGCCCAGGUCCCCCGGACCAGACUCUGCCGCUCCUCCACGUGAGGCCCAAGUUGGAGGACGCGCCUGGGGAGAGAGAAGACGACGAGAGGGAUCCGGCCACUGCCUGGGACCUGGAUCUCUUCUUCACCAACCUGUCGGGCCCAGAGCCCAGCGGCCUGCCUCAGACCUGCGCUCUGGCGCCGGGCGAAGGUCCCGGAACGCACUUCCCCCCGCAGCCCGAGGCCCUGGAAGCGUACGCGGGCGGCCUGGGGCUGGUGGCUGCGCCCUUGGGUCCCGAGGAGCACCCGGGCUGGGCGCGCCCGGUCCCACAAGCUCCAGCCCCCGACGCCUUCGUGAGCCCAGCCCUGGUCCCGGCUCCCGAGCCCAAGGCACUGCCGCUGCAGCCAGUGUACCCGGGGCCGGGUGCGGGCUCCUCCGGCAGCUAUUUUCCGCGGGCCGGGAUUUCGGUGCCCGCGGCGCCCGGCGCCCCCUAUGGGUUGCUGUCCGGGUACCCAGCACUGUACCCGGCGCCGCAGUACCAAGGGCACUUCCAGCUCUUCCGCGGGCUCCCGGCGCCCGCCCCCGGCUCCGCCGCGCCCCCCUCCUUCUUGAAUUGUCUGGGACCGGGAACGGCGGGUGCGGGACUCGGGGGAACCGCAGGGGACCCGAGAGGGACCGCGGAGACCGUGCCAUCCAAGCGCAGCCGGCGCUCAUGGGCGCGCAAGAGGCAGGCGGCGCACACGUGCACGUACCCGGGCUGCGGCAAGAGCUACACCAAGAGCUCGCACCUGAAGGCGCACCUGCGGACCCACACGGGGGAGAAGCCAUACGCCUGCACGUGGGACGGCUGCGGCUGGCGGUUCGCGCGCUCAGACGAGCUGACCCGCCACUACAGGAAACAUACGGGACAGCGCCCUUUCCGCUGCCAGCUCUGCCCUCGGGCUUUUUCUCGCUCGGAUCACCUGGCCUUGCACAUGAAGCGUCACAUUUGAGCCAACCCCACCACCACCCCCGGCACUUGGACCUUCCUGGGGUCUGGGGAUGGAACAGGAGCGGAUCCACGCAGAGCGGUUUCCCUCGGAUGGACCCUGGCCCGGACUCUCGACCCACAGAUCCCCAGGAAGAACAAGGACUGGCCCAUAGGCAGACCUGGGGGAGCUCCCACAUGUCCUGAGCCACAGGGAGCCACCCAGAGACUUCCCAGGGUCACGUAGACCCAACGAGACAGACUUCCAAAUAAAUGGACUCAGAUGGACACUCAAACACUUGAGACAGACCGUUGGAGAGCUGGACCCUCAGACCAGCUCACAGGCGGCCUUGGACAGCGGAAGGGGUUAUGGGGUGAGGCUUCUCAGAGACCCUGGUUUAGAAGGGGUCUUCACACUGUAACGUCCCAGCUCCGCGUAGUGGCUGGCGUCUGCUGUGAAUGGUUAUGGGUCCUGUACCAACGCUCUUCCUAGAUAAAGCUUCAGCUGUGGCCUGGAUUUGUGAGUUUUGGGUGCUGGAUGAUGGGAGGAAGCUGUAACCCCAGCGGUGAUUUGGAG